UAUCAUCUUUGUAGUGUAAGCAGAGACCCUUACAGUGUUCAUAACAGCCUUUCUAAAUUAUUCCAUUUUUCCCACAUUAUGCAACCUUGUUUUGGGAUUGCCAGCUAUAAGACUUGUGUCCCCAUGGAAUAUCUGCGCUGAGGUCAGAGGAAGGCAAUCUUCUGGUACACUCAUUCACAGCCAACAGCUCCACUUGUCCCAUUGGUCCUCUGGUCUCCCGCAUAAUGUCCACCCCACCAAUCACAGAAUCUGUAGACAAAUGCACUGCAGGAGAGGACCAUGUUGAGCUACCACCUACUGAUCUGAGAUCAGCUGCUCUGCCUCCCUCCAUCACAGCUCAGACUGGAGGCUAUGCCGUGGUGCCUCAGAUUGAUGGAUGUCAAGUUACGGGUGAUUUAAAUGUCACUAUAAAUCUCAGCUCUGACAACAAAGUCUCACCUGCUCUGAUCAGGAGGGGGUCAGAGGUCACAGAUACAUCCAGGGAAACACCUGGAGUUUCUGAUGAUGUUCUGGCAGCUUUACCCAGCACAGUGAAAUCCCUUCUGGAGAGCAAAUAUAAGUGCAUAAAUGAGGGUUUAGCUGAACAAGGAAACCACAUCUUUCUGAAUAAGAUCUACACAGAGCUCUACAUCACAGAGGGUGGAAGUGGAGAUGUCAAUAAUGAACACGAAGUGAGACAGAUUGAGACAGCAUCCAAGAAACAAGCCAAACAAGAGACUGCGAUCAAAUGCAACAACAUCUUUAAACCCUUACCUGGACAAGAGAAACACAUCAGAACUGUGCUGACAAAGGGGAUUGCUGGCAUUGGAAAAACAGUCUCUGUGCAGAAGUUCAUUCUUGACUGGGCAGAAGGAAAAGCCAAUCAGGAUGUUGAUUUCAUAUUUCCUCUACCUUUCCGAGAGCUGAAUUUGAUGAAGGAUGAAAAAUGCAGUUUAAUGCAGCUGCUUCAGCCUUUCUUUCCAGGAAUCAAAGAACUUGGAUCCAUUAAGAUUGACUGUUACAAAGUUGUGUUCAUCUUUGAUGGUCUGGAUGAGUGUCGACUUCCCUUAGAUUUCGUGAAAAAUAAGAGCUGGUGUGAUGUCACAGAGUCAACAUCAGUGGACGUGCUGCUGACAAACCUCAUUAAGGGGAAUCUGCUUCCCUCUGCUCUCCUCUGGAUCACCUCCCGACCAGCAGCAGCUAAUAAGAUCCCCCCUGAGUGUGUCCACCAGGUGACAGAGGUACGAGGGUUUAAUGAUCCACAGAAGAAGGAGUACUUCAUGAAGAGAUUCAGUGAUCAGAACCUGGCCAGCAGAAUUAUCACACAUAUAAAGUCAUCAAGGAGCCUCUACAUCAUGUGUCACAUACCAGUCUUCUGUUGGAUUGCAGCCACUGUUCUUGAGCAAAUAAUGGGUGAGUCAGACAGUCAAGAAAUCCCUAAGACUCUGACUCACAUGUACACAAACUUUCUACUCCUUCAGGCAAGCUUGAGAAAUCAAAAGUAUCUUGGAACAACUGAAACAAAUUUGGUUCUAAACAGCAAGUCCAUUCUGAAACUGGGGAAGCUGGCCUUUCAGCAGCUGGAAAAGGGAAACCUCAUUUUCUACACGGAAGACCUGAGAGAGAGUGGCAUUGACAUCACAGAGGCUUCAGUUUACUCUGGGGUGUGCACCGAGCUCUUCAGAAAAGAACCUGGGAUUCGAAAACAGAAAGUGUACUCCUUUGUGCAUCUGAGUGUUCAGGAGUAUCUUGCUGCUCUGUAUGUAUUUCUAUCAUACAGAAACAGCAACAGAAAUCUACUUGACCACUCCUUUCGAAGUAGGAUUUUUAGAUUGAUUCCACAUUCAAACUUAGCUGUGUUGCUGAAGAGUGCAGUGGAUCAGGCCUUACAGAGUGAAAAUGGACACCUGGACCUUUUCCUCCGAUUCCUUCUUGGACUCUCACUGGACUCCAAUCAGACUCUCUUACGUGGCCUACUGACACAGACAGGAAGCAGCUCAGAGGCCAUUGAGAAAACAGUCCAGUACAUUAAAAAGAAGAUUAGGAAGAAUCUCUGUCCAGAGAGGUCCAUCAACCUGUUCCAAUGUCUAAAUGAAGUGAAUGACCAUUCUCUGGUGGAGGAAAUCCAAAGUUACCUGAGCUCAGGAAAUCUUUCAAGACAAGAUCUCUCACCUGCACAGUGGUCAGCCCUGGUCUUUGUGUUGCUGACAUCAGAAGAGGAGCUGGAUGUGUUUGACUUGAAGAAAUACAUCGGAUCAGAUGAAGGCCUUCUGAGGCUGCUGCCAGUGGUCAAGGCUACCAGAAAAGCUCUGCUGAACAGUUGUAACCUCAGUCAGGAAUGCUGUGAAGCUCUGGCCUCAGCUAUCAGCUCAGACUCCUCCAGUCUGAGAGAGCUGGACCUUAGUGACAAUGGCCUGCAGGAUUCAGGAGUGGAGCUGCUCUCUGCUGGACUGGGGAAUCCACACUGUAAACUGGAGACAUUGAAGCUGAACAGCUGUAACCUCAGUAAGGAAUGCUGUGAAGCUCUGGCCUCAGCUAUCAGCUCAAACUCCUCCAGUCUGAGAGAGCUGGACCUGAGUGACAAUGAGCUGCAGGAUUCAGGAGUGGAGCUGCUCUCUGCUGGACUGGGGAAUCCACACUGUAAACUGGAGACAUUGAGGCUGAACAGCUGUAACCUCAGUAAGGAAUGCUGUGAAGCUCUGGCCUCAGCUAUCAGCUCAAACUCCUCCAGUCUGAGAGAGCUGGACCUGAGUGACAAUGAGCUGCAGGAUUCAGGAGUGGAGCUGCUCUGUGCUGGACUGGGGAAUCCACACUGUAAACUGGAGACACUGAGGCUGUCAGGCUGUCAAGUCACAGAGAGAGGCUGUGUUUCUCUGGCUUCAGCUCUUAAUUCAAACUCCUCACACCUGAGAGAGCUGGAUCUGAGCUACAAUUACCCAGGAGACUCAGGAGUGAGAGCACUCUCUGCUGGACUGGAGGAUCCCAACUGUAAACUGCAGAAACUGAGUGUGGACCAUGGGGGUAAGUGCAGGAUCAAACCAGGGCCAAGGAAAUAUGCCUGCCAGCUCACACUGGAUCCCGACACAGCACACAGAAACCUGUCUCUGUCUGAGGGGGACAGGAAGGCGACAUGGGAGAGAGAGAAGCAGCCAUAUCCUGAUCAUCCAGAGAGAUUUGACUACUGGCCCCAAGUGCUGUGCAGAGAGGGUCUGUCUGGGCGCUGCUACUGGGAGGCUGAGUGGAGUGGGAGUUACACUGAAAUCGCAGUGACAUAUAAAGGAAUGAGCCGGCAAGGGCGCGGUGAUGACAGUCUCCUUGGGUACAAUAACCAGUCCUGGUGUUUGGCCUCCCGUACUGAUGGUGACCGUUACUCUGUCUGGCACAGUAAAGAGAAAACACCCAUACCUGCCCCCCCCUACCGCUCCCGUGGUGUAGGCGUGUACCUGGACUGGCCGGCCGGCACUCUGUCCUUCUACAGCGUCUCCUCUGAUACACUGACCCUCCUGUACACAUUCUACACCAGCUUCACUCGGCCCCUCUAUCCUGGGUUUUGGGUCGACUCCACAGUGUCCCUGUGCCAGGUCGAAUAACAUCCUGGAGGAGCACCUUUGACUUUCCAGCCUCUUCUGUUUCAAACAAUAAAGCACAAAAACAAUCAUCAUUCAUCAAUUUAAAAUGAAACAAAACAGAAAAAUGAA